UAGUAAGUCAAAAGAAUUGAAAAAAUUAGCAAUGAAUGCCAAAAAUCAACGAUGAAUGCAAUGAGCAUCUAGUAGGCAAAACCAUAGACCAAGAGGUCCCUAGCAUCUGUCGAUAAAACCCAAUGCAUUUCACACCAUAUAUACUACUACUUCACUGCUGGUGUUAAAUUCUGUCUUCCACUCAAUUAUUGAACAGACCCAGAAAAGGAAUUUCUUGAUUUGGUGAAGGAAUCAUGAAGUUCGGCAGGAUCUUAAUGAUGUUGAUGAGCCUCAUAGAACAGACACUACCGGAAUGGCAGGACAAAUUCCUGUCUUACAAGGAUCUCAAGAAACAAUUGAAAUUGAUUUAUCCUAAUAAACAGCAAAGGUUAGAUGAUGAUGGAAAAGAGGUGAAUGAUUUUGUGAAUCUUUUGGAGAAGGAAAUCGAUAAGUUCAACACUUUCUUCAUCGAAAAAGAAGAGGAUUAUAUCAUUCAAUUGAAGGUACUCAGAGAUAGCGUUGUCGGGAUUAGAAGUUCUGAAGAGUUGAUGAGGGUAGGCAGAGACCUGGUGGAUCUUCAUGGACAGAUGGUUCUAGUAGAGAAUUACAGUGCUCUUAACUAUAUAGGAUUGGUGAAGAUACUAAAGAAAUAUGAUAAACGUACUGGUGCUCUUAUUCGCUUGCCUGUCAUCCAAAAAGUGCUAGAGGAGCCAUUUUUCAACACUGAUGUUCUGAAUAAGCUAGUGAAGGAGUGUGAGACCAUGCUUAGUAGACUUUUCUCCCAAAAUGAGCCAUCUAAAGCACCAGGAAGAGAAGGAAGUAGUGGAGGAGGUAGUAGCAGAGUUGAAGAUGCAGAAGAACUUGCAGACACUAAAAACCCUUCUGAAGCAGUACCAGGAGGGGAAGGAAGUAUUAGAGGCAGAAGUAGUGGAGGAGGAACCAAUGUAGCUGAAGAUCCAGAAGACCUUUCAGAGAUUCAAAACCCUUCUAAAGCACCAGGAGGGGAAGGAAGUAGCGGAGUCAAAAAUCCAGAAGAAUUUGCAGAGAUUGAUAACAUGGGAAGUAUUUACUUGAAGCUUACAAAAUCAGCACUGAAAGUCUUGCAGGAAAUCAGAAGUGGAAGUUCAACUGUCAGCAUGUUCUCCUUGCCGCCAAUGGAAAGGAAUAAAAUGCAUAAGGUCUGGAAGAAUAUUCCAGUCGUAGAACAAGCAGCAGAAUAGUGUUCUCUGUCAUUUGUGACAUGCUCUACAUAUUGGUGUGUUGUUUUACCUUCCUCCAAUUCAGGUGUUAUGUAUCGGGAAGUAAUAAGUUCAAUUGCCGUGAUUACAUCCGCAGGCCUUAAAUAUUGUUUAGAUUUUGAGAGUAUCCUGUAUAGAUGUUCCUGAUCAAGUGUUUUUGGCUCUAGGACUUCUCAAGUUGACUAAUAUUCCUAUAGUCUCAGGUGGUUUUCGUGUGUAAAGGUCACUUUCUUUAUAAUGUACACCAUUAUUUCUUAUUGAUACUUUUUGACUUGGA